UUCGCCGCUCUGCGCUGUGCGCCCCUCUGGGAGUCCCGGUGUUUCCUCGGACGGGCGCGAUGGGCAAGAAGGGCAAAAAGGAGAAGGGCCGCGGGGCGGAGAAGACGGCCGCCAAGAUGGAGAGAAAGGUGUCCAAGCGCUCGCGGAAGGAGGAGGAAGAUCUUGAAGCUCUGAUAGCCCAUUUCCAGACGCUAGAUGCCACCAGGACUCAGAUCGUGGAAACACCAUGCCCCCCACCUUCACCAAGGUUACAUGCCUCACUCUCUGCUCAUCCUGAGAAAGAUGAGUUAAUCCUUUUCGGAGGUGAAUAUUUCAAUGGCCAAAAAACAUUUGUAUAUAAUGAACUGUACGUUUACAAUAUCAAGAAGGACACCUGGACCAAAGUAGAGAUCCCCAACCCACCUCCAAGGCGCUGUGCUCAUCAGGCUGUGGUGGUGCCUCAGGGUGGAGGACAGCUGUGGGUCUUUGGAGGAGAGUUUGCUUCUCCUGAUGGAGAGCAAUUCUACCAUUACAAGGAUCUCUGGGUGCUGCAUUUGGCCACCAAGACCUGGGAGCAAGUAAGAUCAACAGGAGGCCCUUCAGGUCGGAGUGGACAUCGGAUGGUAGCCUGGAAGAAACAGUUAAUCCUUUUUGGUGGCUUCCAUGAGAGUACAAGAGACUACAUCUACUACAAUGAUGUGUACGCCUUCAACCUGGACACGUUCUCCUGGAGUAGACUGUCCCCGUCAGGGGCUGGGCCCACACCCAGAUCAGGCUGCCAGAUGUCUGUCACUCCCCAGGGUGGCAUUGUCAUCUAUGGGGGCUACUCGAAGCAGAGAGUCAAAAAAGAUGUGGACAGAGGCACCCAGCAUUCAGAUAUGUACCUGCUGCAGCCCGAGGAUGGAAAAGAAGGCAGCUGGAGGUGGACUCGGAUUAAUCCUGCAGGAGCCAAGCCCACUCCGAGGUCUGGCUUUUCGGUGGCUGUGACCCCGAACCAUCAGACGCUGCUCUUCGGGGGAGUCUGUGAUGAGGAAGAGGAAGAGAGCCUGGAGGGGGACUUCCUUAAUGACCUGCACUUCUAUGAUGCCACCAGGAACCGCUGGUAUACGGGGCAGCUCAAGGGACCUAAGUCCGAGAAGAGGAAACGUAGGAGAGGCAAAAAAGCAGAGCCCGAGGGUCCUGACAGGCAGGAACAUGGGGGAACCAGUGCCCAAGAGCCCCUGGAGGUGGUCAGAGAGGUGGUCACAGAAGACGGGACCGUGAUCACCAUUAAACAGAUGUUUGCCACCCCGGGGCCAGCUGGAAAACCUCCGUCCAACGAGGAGGACAGCCCUGAUGAAGUGGGUGGCCCUGUGGUGGAGCCGAGCCCCCGCUCAAAUUCUAUGCUGGCCGUGAAGCACGGGCGGCUCUACCUUUACGGGGGCAUGUUUGAGGCAGGUGACCGCCAGAUCACCCUCAGUGACCUGUACUGCCUGGAUCUCCAAAAGAUGCAGGAGUGGACGGCCUUGGUGGAAAUGGAUCCCGGAACUCAAGAGUGGCUGGAGGAGUCAGACUCAGAAGAGGACAGCAAUGAGGGCGAGGGCACCGAGGACGAGGACAGUGGCGAGAGCGACAAGGAGUCUGGGGAUGUGCUCUCACGGCAAGCUUAAGUUUUUGAAAGAACAUUUGUAUGUGGAGUGCGUUUGAGCAGCGCCGUCUUGGUUUCUUUGAUGGAAUGAAGAUUUCCUCGCCAUGUGAUUUCUCUAGAUUUGGUGCUCUCGUGCUCACCUGGCCAGGCUAUGAGCGGGGGAUGGCCUCUGGAGCUGCCUGACCCAGGCUUUGCUCCCACCCCCUCCUUCCCUGAGGAGGAGCCCCCGUGCCAUUGCCUGCCAAGCGGCUUGCAGCCUGCCUGCCCGGGCUGAAUCGUAUCAGGUGGAGCUCGUCCUGGAUGACACUGGGCCCCACAUGGAGAAGAGAGCAGCCCACAUCGUGGCCAGCAUUUCAUGUGAUGACUCAGCCUAACGCCCCGCCUACUGGGAUGGAAGUAAACCCGAGUGAGGUGCAGUUAGUAUCCCUUAGUAUCACUGGGUGUGAUUUAAAUAAUUCAGCCUCGGGAUGAAGCUGCAGCACAGCUGGUCUUCUGUGCGGCCCAGUGGUGCCUGUGGGACGUCCCCCCUACGCUGAGUGGUGCCAUGAGGGUGAGGCAGCAUGUGGUGUGCUUUGUGUGCGGUUUCCCUUCUGCCAGAUGAGGAGGCGCACAGUCUGGUUGACAGUACAUUGUCGGCCGGGAGUUCUCAGCCUUGAUUUCUGGAAGUUCUUGGUGGCAGCCCACUGACCACCUUUACAUGCUGUGUAUCUCUGCAGAUCUUUGAAAUAAAAUUCCUGUUGGCUGGGU